UUCUGCAAUAAACAUGAUGUUGCCAUUAGGAAAAGAAGAGUUCAACUACACAAUGGACAUACGGGUUCAAAUUUUCGAUCGAUUUGGAGACUACAAUAUAAGCACUACAUCAGUGAGAGUAAACCCUCUAGAGAAUGUAAUUCCCAAAAACAAUCACGACACGGCGGCUGUGAAUCAACUCUUUGAUUCUUUCUCUAAAGUUCUGAAUACAACUCAGGCUGGUGGGAAUUCUAUGGCGGUUGUUAGGCUUGUAAACUCGGCUCUGUCUUACUUUCAAAGCGGAAAUGAGACUAACAGUGACACAGAGGGUGACCCGGAGACAGCCAGUCCUGUAGUUCAAUUGUAUCAAGAGAAGGCAAUACAAAUGGCUGAGAUCUUAAUGGAUUCUGUUUCUCCGACUCAAGACAACGCAAGCGCCAAAGCUCUCAGUCCCGCUGAUACGCAACAGGUCUCGAGUACCCUGGUGUCCAUGACAAAAAAUUCUGAAUACAUCACAACAAAAAGUGCGGAAAUCUCAACCAAAGUCGCAAAAACGCUCAUGACAAACGUGCUGCAAAACGCAGAAGUACUUCCGUUUCCCGUAGAAAUCACCAAAAGCAUAGCUGGAGCUGUCAAUGGUACGUUGAUUUACCUGGACAAAAUUAUGGACACACUGCUUCCUGAAGAAGUUUUUGAUUUUGAUGAAGAAGUAACAGAAGAUUCAAUAUAUGAAGAACUUUACGAAGAAUACGAAAGGAAAUCACAAGUAGCUGAGUUUUCCAAUAUUACUGUUCCAUUGGAAGACUUGAGGGAAAAGGCUCAGAAAAAAUAUAACAAAAGAAAAGAAAGCCAGAUGAGACAGGAACAAAUAGCUGAUUUUGGAAGGAUGACAGUAAAACUUAUUGAACACCUACUGAAAGAUAUGGAGAAAGUUUCAAUUUUGCAACAGGAAGUUGGAGAAGGACCCAAAGCACUUCAACGGGGAGAUAUUGAUGUCGUUACAGAAUUAGCUAGACAGGACGACAUUGUCAAUAGAAAUCUGUCCCAGUACCAGGACAUCCAAUUACAGAUAGUUAAGGAAGACAACAACGCGUAUGAAAACUAUACCACAUCAGUUUGGAAUAUUACGGAAAGCUCGAAAUUGGCAUCAACGACAUCAAACCUACCAAUUACUAAGACCUCCACUACCACCACCACCACCAUCACCACCUCCGCCGCUACUACCCCCUUUUCCACUACCACCACCACCACCACCUCCGCCGCUACUACCCCCUUUUCCACUACCACCGUCACCACUACCGCCACUACCCCCUCCCCCACUAUCACCACACCAUCCUCCACUACCAAUACAUCCACCACCACUAUUAUAAAUCCAACCAUUCAAAGUUUACAUACUUUAUCAACUACUUCGAGUGAAUGGUUGAACUCCACAAUGUCUACUGCAUCGAACAUCGAAGACGUAACGAAGUCCUCUAAAACUAAUGUCAAUUCCAUUGUCAAACUACAGGUGUGUAUAAGGCUAAAGCGGAUAUAUGGUGAUUUAAUAAGCCUGUGUUUUGCUGUGGGCUUUAUGUCUGUCAUCAAGAAGAAUCCUUACAUGCAUGGCGCAAAUUCUUCCGGAAUAACAUAUCCAGUUAUCUCCGUCAAUUUGGAAGGAAAUGUGGCUCCGAUUGUGAAGUUUAAAAGUAAAGUGCCUGCUUACAGAUAUAUGCAAAGAUACUCUCCGAAAAUAAUACCAAACGACCCAGAAAGAUUCUUUUAUUUCAAAGUGAAAGUAAAAAAUGAUGACGAUUAUAUUCUAUUUUAUGUAAAACCGGAAAAUAUCAACAUAGAUCUCAACGGCAUAAGUCUAUAUACUGUUUUUAUAAGUAAAAAAGAUUAUCCUAGACAAGCGGAGGGAAAACAUGAUUGGUAUCAAAUGAUAUCUAUUAAGGACUGGACCGUAGACGGUUUCAAAAUUAUCAUCCCACCUUAUACAUGCGCAAAAGGGACCUGUUACGUUGGACUUCAGCCUGUUGAAGGUACAUCAAAGACUGAUAAUAAACAAGGUACAAAAUCAAGAAAAAGAAGAGCAGCAGGUUUGGAGGCCACCACCUCAGAUCCAAGCACCGGUUCUACAUCUAUCACUACCACUCAAACCUUUUCUGACAUGGAGGCCACGACACAGAAUUCAAAUUUAAUGGGCUUCAAUCCAGCUCGCGCCGAUUUUUCUCUAGCUAUUGCAACCACUGGUUGUCGAACCUGGGAUGAGGAACGAGAAGCUUGGGUGUCAACUGGAUGCAAGGUACUGGAGUCUAGCACCUUAGAGGAAACAAACUGUCGAUGUGAAAAGUCAAAGACAAGCGGGUUGAUAUUUGCCGCCACUUUUUACGUGCCUCCAAAUGUCAUUCACUUCAAUACCAUCUGGAGUAAGAUAGACGCGGAGAACGCUGCUGUAUACGGAACUCUGCUGUGUCUAGUGAUAAUUUCAAUCGUCUUGGUUCUGUUUCUAAGAAAGAAAGACGAAAAAGAUCUUGGAAAGUGGUCUAUCCAUUUUUUGGCCGAUAGUAAUGCAGCAGACGAGUAUUUCUAUUUGAUAUCCAUUUAUACUGGCUUCAGGAGAGGGGCGGGAACAAGAUCUAAUGUCUCGUUUGUAUUGGCGGGAGACGAAUAUGACACAGGAGUACGUCUGCUUACUGACGGAAUAACGGAGGGAUUCGAAACAUCAAGCAUCAGAAAAUUCUUCAUGGGGUCUGACGUUCCGCUAGGCGAAUUAAUAUAUCUACGAAUAUGGCAUGAUAAUGCAGGCUCGGGAGAUCUUCAAAGUUGGUAUCUGAACAAAGUCGUCAUCGAUGACGUACAAACACAUACAAGGUUCAUUUUCCUUUGUGAACGUUGGUUAGCUCUGGAUGAUGACGACGGUCGAGUGGAGAGACUCAUUCCUGUGUGUGGACAGGAAAAUAUGUUGUCUUUCAACAAUCUGUUUUCGCAACAUACACAGAGAAGCAUUACUGACAACCAUCUCUGGCUCUCAAUCGUCCUCAGACCACAACGAAGUAACUUUACCAGAGUUCAAAGGCUAAUUUGCCUGACGGCAUUUUUAUUCCUAACAAUGCUUACCAAUGCAAUGUUUUUCAAAUCUGCUGAAGAUGAAAACAUUACAGAUGGUGUCAAGAUCGGGUUCCUGCAGUUUUCAGUGACGAAUCUAUUCAUUUCUAUUCAAAGCAUUGUUAUAACCACGCCACCCAUUAUCCUUGUCAUCUUAAUCUUCAGAAACAGUCGCCAAAGCUUGACAAUUAAUCAUGCUGGAAAACUGAAUGAAAAGACUUUACAUUUCAUUGAAAGAAACACGUCGGAGACCGUCUCCUCUGCUGACGAUGCUAUCAUACAAAGUCGUCUGGCACUUCCACACUGGGCUAUAUAUAUAGCUUGGGCUGUUAACAUACUGGCAAUUUUGGGGUCAACAUUUUAUCUGUUUCUCAUCAGCAUGCAGUGGGGGAAAACAAAAUCCGAAGAAUGGCUUACAACCUUUCUUCUUAGCUUCCUGGAGUCUUUUUUCAUUGUGGACCCUUUGAAGGUAAUAAUAAUCGCUGUAAUGUUAUCCCUUGUAUUCAAACGAUCACCUGACAGCGAUGUCCCUGUGGUGUCCAUCGAAAAACUCAGGGAAAAGGUAUCAUCCUACAAAGCAAACAUCCAGCGAAGUGAAAUAGCGUUCUUUCAAGAUGUUAUGACACCCAACCAAGAAGUCAUUCAAAACGACCUCCAAGAAUUAAGAAAGAAGCGUAAACAGGAGACCCAUGCGAAAGAGGCUUUGUUCAGGCUUUUCUCGUAUGCUGUAUUCAUGCUCGUCAUCUACAGCAUCAGCUACAUUGAGAGGGACCAGAGAUCGUACCAUCUAAAGACAAAUAUCUACAAUCAUUUAUUUGGAAAUGCCAUAAAAUCUAAGAUGAACAAAACGGAAGACUUCUACUCGUGGAUGAACGAAGUUUUCAUUCCCAUUUACUAUCCAAUAACAAAUUAUGCAAAUAAGACUUUAAAUUCCAUUGAAAAAAUGUCGUUUGGUGAUAUGGCUAACUUAAGGGUUGGACCCGGACGGAUUCGGCAAGUUCGUAUGAAAAAAGUACGAUGUGAUUACAACUCAUUAACAUGGCCUCACCUCUGUGUUGACGAGUACAGCGAGUACGAGGAAGACGAGGAGAAAUACUGUGUUGGAUGGGCCGCUUAUAACGCAUCAAAAUGUGAAAAUAAUAACGUAAAUCUAGUGUCCGCGGACGCUUGGAAGUUCACUAAAUCCAGUGACAUCUGGGGCUGCUUCAUCACAGGAGAAUACAAAUGUAUCCCCCUCCCCCGUACGUGUUGUACUGAACUUGCAUCAGUGGUAACCAGGGCAGCCAACGAAUUGAUCAGCUUCGGAGUUGUGUUUGCGACCGCAUUUCUUGCUUUCGUGUUUUGUGGACAUCUCUUAUUUGGUAAGAGUCUUCAGGAGUACCGUUCCAUAUUUCAGACAUGGUCAACACUUACGAACGCUCUUAUCGGCAAGAACUCACUUAAGCGAAUGACACUUGCUUCACCGUAUUUUGCGCAGACGUAUUAUUUCACCUAUGUAUUCUUCGUUCUUUUUACCCUUAUUACUGUAUUUGCCGCCAUAUUGAACACAAGUAUCACCUAUGUGCGCAAGGAGACAGCGAGUGUCGGGGAUAUCUUUGGUAUACUUGACAUGUUGAAGAAGUCUGUAAGUGGUGUUCUUGACAUGGUCAUCAAACAGAAACCUCGGCAUGGACGAAAGCGUUUGGAUACAGAAACCAUACAGAAAACGAAAAAGUGUGCAAAAAUCGAUACCACAAAUGUUUUGAGACUGAUUAGAGACACCUUUGCGGAUUUUCAAACAUUAGAGGAGCACUCGGAUAAACCAAUAGAUGGUGAUUGCAGAGACAACUAUGUGGCUUCCGGAAAAAGUAGAAAAUACAUUCCUGAAGAAGAGACUCAUAAAGACACCCUACUGCAAUUCGACACUGGUGAUGGUGGAACACAGAAAAUACCACAUGUUAUGCUGUAAAGGAAAGUCAUGUGACAUUAGUGGUACUCUGUAGUAUCUGCACUAUGUGAUAGUGCAAGUAAAUUUUACGAGUACAUAUCAUUUAAAAUGGAAUGAAAAACAAAAGAAUCUCUCUUAGCGCAUCAGUUUAGCAAUUUUGAGUUCUAAUUAAUUUGGUGAAAUUUAUGAGUUCAUACACCCUUUUAAAGGAAUGAGAAACAAAAAGGUUAUUCUCUCUCUCUCUCUCUCUCUCUCUCUCUCUCUCUCUCUCUCAACGCAUCAGAUUUAGCAAUUUUAAAGUUCUAAUUAAUUUGAUUAAAACACAAAACAAACAUUGAUUUAAAUCAGUAUUGAGGGAGUAAAUGAACAUUAUUAAUCACGUCAGUGAAGAAGGAUGUUUUCUGCCCUAUCAGGGAAGUACAGUGGAUAAGAACACAUUAUUUCCACCCCUAUCCCAUUUCUUUGAAUAUGUUUUCCGAAACUUCUGUUCACCCCCACCCUACCUCCAAGUAAACCACUCUUGAAGUUUUAAAGUGAUACGCUAUGGUUAUGAAUUUCCUGUCCUUGCAAAUUUUCUUACAUUUUAGAUGGUCUCUGCUAUAACAAGAAAGACAACUCGUAUUAUAGAAUAUGAAAAACUAAUAACCGAUUCAGAAUUUUUAAAAAUGGUUUAUUUGAAUCAGUUUAUUAGAUUCAUACUUUCAUAUUUCUCGAUGAUCGUGUUAAUAUCAAUCAGUAAUAUAGCUAAUUAAGACAAGUAACCUUCACAACAACGUGGUAAAAAAAUUCUAAAAUUGUGAUGGGUGCUAUAAAAUCUAUUCGCCGUUCUCUCUCUCUCUCUCUCUAUUGCAACUUAAAGCCUCGCUUUUUUUUAAUUCAAAAUAUUUACAUACAUGUAAAAGAGUGUUGUUGUUAUGGUCGCUUUGUUUGAAUUCAGGAAAACUAACAAAUGGUGUUUGCCAUGCUUGUGUAGUGUGUUUCAUCGUAGAGUAUAUUCAGUGAUUGUCAUAUUUCAUCAGUCGACUGAAUUAGGUCACCUAUUAUUAAUAUACCCGUCCCCGUCGUCUGUCGUGCAUCGUCAAUUUUUGAACAUUUUAGAUAUCUCAGAAUAUCUCAGAAACUGCUUGGCUAAUGAAUCUAAUUUCAAUAAAGACACCCAAGCUCAAUGGAAUUGCUGGACAUGUGUCAAAUGGGGGAAAUGUAUUUUAAAACAAAAUUAUACUACCUCGCGAUCGUACUUUCUUGGAAACAUAUAACAAUUAUGUAAAUAAUCCAUUCAUUAUUGUUACCAAGUAGAAAUUGAUUUCUGUCUAAUUCGCUCCUCAAACAAAAGAAAUCACAUUUGUGCUCCAGGGCGGUGCUGUAAGGAUGAUGUAGCAAAACUGCAGUACCUGUAAAAAAAAAAAAUUCAGUUCUUGUGCUUGGUAAUCACGGACCUGGUUCCGAUGUACUGGGUGCGUAGUGAUACUGAACACUGAAAAUAGUGAAACAGUGAGACAGAUUACGUGGUCAAAAUGCAUUAAAGGCUGCAUAUGACUAAAAAAAAUUUAAAAUCAUGGAUAAAAAUGUAAACUAUACCCUAUAAUAAGCCACAUUAUGUAAGUCUCAAAAUACCCACAAUUCCACUGUUUUACGUCUUUAUUAUCUCUACAAAUUUUAAUGAUAGCCAUUUCCUAAUGAAUGCAUUGCAGUCGUAAAUAAUGCGUGUAUGAAUACAGAUAUACUGAGUAUAUAGUGCGUCUAUUUUAACGCCUAGACAUUCGACAGAAAUGAAAGUAGAACGUAAAUAUAAGAAAUAAACUUCAUUGAAAAUACGGACAUGAUGGCAUGAAUUGCAUUGCGUCUCGUCGGCAUACUUUUCAUGAAGCGCUAAUGGUUAGUGUAAAUUGGGUUUUAAUAAUUGUUUAAAAAAGAGAAAUGGAGAAAAUAUGUUACAUGAAAUGUGAAGAUAACGAACAGUGAUCAAUGUCAUAACUCCUAUAAACAAUACAAACUAGAGAAUUGGGCAAACAUGGACCCCUGGACACACCAGAAUUGGGAUCAGGUGCCUAGGAGGAGUAAGCAUCCCCUGUCGACCGGUCACACCCGCUGUGAGCCCUAUAUCCUGAUCAGGUAAAUGUAAGACCUAGUCAUUCCCCCAGAGAGCUACAAUUCUGCAGGUAACGUGAAGUAGUAGUGAACACAGUGGACAGCGAUCAGGACGUUCACUUCUCCGAUGUGUACUAUAUGUGCACCUUUAUGUUUUGUUAUACUCAGAUGAUCGUUAAGGCAUCUUGUCCUGUCGACAAAAAGCUUGUAUUCACGACAUUUAUUCAACUAUGUAUUCGUAAGUUCCUGAUAAAUGCUUUCCUGUUGUGACUGUCCAUGGCCCCAGUUUUGGACUAAAAUUUUGUAAAGAAAACUGUUGAAAUAUCCGAGUGAAAUCUUGUUAUCAAUUAUUCUAGCUGUUGUUAUUAAUGGUGUUUGCUGUUGUUAUUAAUGAUUUUAGAUACCGAAUCAAUGAUUUCUACUGUUAUUAAUGAUUUGACUACUGUAUUAAUGAUUUUAAAUACUGUUAUCAUAUUUUAGCUGUUAUUAUUUACAUUUUCCAGUGUUUUGUAUGAUAAAACUGUUAACUGCU